GCACCUUCCUCUGACUUCUGGAAAGAGCUGCAGCUGGCCCUGCCUCGGAAGGUGCAGUACAGGCCCGUGGAGGGAGACCCCCAGACCCAGCUACAGGAUGACAAGGACCCCAUGCUGACUGUUCGAGGCCGUGUCCGCGAGGGCCAGGCCCCGGACCCGGAGCUGGACCCUGACCCCGAGGGAGACCUGGGCGUCCGAGGGCCCGUCUUUGGGGAGCCGCCAGCUCUGUCGCACACGAGUGGGGUCUCACUGGGAGAGGCCCGGGGCAGCGAGAUGGACGUCUCAGACCUUGGCUCUCGAAACUACAGUGCCCGCACAGACUUCUACUGCUUGGUGUCUGAGGACGACGUGUAGCCCCCACCCCGGAGUGGAGGACCACCAGAGACAUCUGGGGUCAGGUGGGCUGCUUCUUCACUCAGCAGGACCAGGACCCCCGCCUGUAUCCCUGGGACCUUCUAGGGGUGGGUGUGACCCCAGGACCUCUCCUAGUGCCAGGAAAUAAAGUCCUUUUGGAUGUGC